GGGAGAGGGGGAGAACACAGCUGCAGUAGAGAGAAAUUCUGUGCGUGCCAAGGAUAAGAAAAUGGAGAAAAUAGCAAACUUUGAUCCCUGUAGCUGUAAUUUGAAGGUCUCUGAAAGGAUUCAAAAGUAACACUUUUCUGAGAGUGUAACUGCUACCAUGGUAUGGUUAGCAUAGUGUGCAUCAUUGGAAAAUAUUGUGAUCUCCAACAAGAAGUCUUUGGACUUCUUUAUUCGAAGUGUCAUCAUGCAGCAAGAAGGGAAGCCUCGAUUUCUCAAGUUCCACCAAGGCAGUGUCCGAGGUGUAGCUUUUAGCCCUAGGGAUCGUUACCUGUUUUGCUCUGGUGCUUAUGAUGGGAAAGUAAAUCUUUAUUCAGCAUUACGUAUGGAACUACUUAUGUGCUAUCAAAUAACAACUAUGACCUUAGCUCGUAAUGUAAAUGCUGUCAGGUUUACCUCUGAUGGGUCUAGGAUUUUGGCUGCUACAACUGCCAGAAGAUUAGCAGUUGUUGAUGUAGAACGUGGAGAGCAGCUCUUGGCAUAUGACAACUGUGCGUACUCAGGAAAAGAUCGCACAGGUUUGGCAGCUGAUCCUGUGUGUCCCAACAUGGCUGUUGUCGUUGGGGCAAAUGGAAAGGGCUUGACUCUUCUAGAUCUUCGUAUGCCUUUGCCAUUGGAUUUUGUUUAUGAUCUCCAUGGAAGUGUGAUUCGCGACAUAGUUUUUCUUCACUCAUCUUGGCCAUGGGCUCGUGGGCAGUCUAGCUCUAUACUCACUGCCGGUGCAGAUGGAACUUGCAAAGUGUCCACCAUUGAUGGCAGGGGAUUACACCAGUUCCAUGCAAACCAUCAAGUUAACACAAUUUGUCCAACACCAGAACCAUUUAACCAAGGUGCCGAAGAUGGCUUCUAUAGUCUAAUUAUGAGUGGAGGAGAUAUGGUUUCCUCUUAUGUCCCACAUACUGGAAUACAGGAACAUCUGAAAGAACAAAAAGAAAAUUCAGUUUGGAAACUAAGAUACACCUCCAAUGGCAGUCUCCUCUACUCUGUAUGUGAAGGAGGCGUCUUGAGGAGAUAUAGGCGUUAUCCAGACCAUCAUGAGUACCUUGGAGAGGUGUUCCGACAUAAAGGAGAUAUCCAAGACAUGGAUAUAUCUCCAUACGAUGAAUAUUUAAUCACAGCUUCUAAGGACAGAUCAGUUGGAGUUCUACGGUUAGGUGCCCCAAAUCAUGGAUGGACAGAAUACAGUGAACUGACAUGAUGUGUGCUUAAAAAUAAGUUGUAGAGUUUUUCACUUGUAUUGUAGUUCAAUUUAAUGGACACAUGAUGGCACUGAUUUACAGAAUUGGCAUACCACUGUCUAUAUGAAAGAAAAUAGUCUCUGUUGUCCAUUUUUAUAAUGUCGCCCAUUUAGGUGCUGAAAGGCUGUGGCUAAGCAGUAAACUUUUAUAUGAAACUUGUAGAAACCAUUUCUUUGCAGAACAAUCUUAAAUUGUUCAUUGGGUUUUUCAAGCAAGUUAGUUGUACUUCCCUCAUGGUCUGUAAUGAAGUUUUCUGGUUCAGAUUUGCCCCCCAUCUUUGUUCAGAAAGUGUUUGCGGUUUUAAAGUCUGAGUAUGUCUGAAGUCUCUGCCAUCUUAAGUCAGUGAUUAUUUAAAAAAAUGAUAUUUUGCAUGUUGUCUUGAUGGUUUCCAAUGGUUAAAUUGCGAAUGCAUCAAACAAAAUCAUGGUUGCCUACUUAAGUGGUGAAGGAUUUUUCUAAUUGUUGGCAGAUGUCCAUAUAUGCUGCUAAUAAAGCAGUUCUUUCUAAUUGCAUAGCUUGCAAGAUGACAAGUGUCUUCUUGGUGAGCUGUUUUACUUUUAAAUUUUCAGUUGAGUUGAUAGCUAUAGAAUAUGGUUUUAGUGGAAUUCCACCUCUUUCCCUUGAAAGCAUGAAAUUUUGUCUACCUAUGAUGAGAGUUUAAAACCCAAUUGUUUCUAAUUCAAAAGACUGUAUAAGAGGAGAUCACUUGGGUGCCUUUUUGGAGAUGUUGCUCUGCCGAGCUAGUAAUGUAUAAUAUAUGAUACAUUCUUGGUUUUUCUCAAGAAAGGCUAUGCCUCCUUCUCUCUCUCUCUCACACACACUCUCUCUUUCUCUCAUUAAUAUUUCUUUAUAGGCAAUGUUUCAAAAUCAAAGUAGGGUUUUCAAAUAGUGUUCUGUAGGAAACAUUGAUUCAUAAUGUUAAGCUACUAAACAAAACUCCAUUUUAUAUGAACUGGUAACCAGGGUGUCAAUUUGCUUUAUCCUUCAUGCCUUGUUUGUGCAUGCUUUUCUUCAUAGUAUUUUCCCCAAGAAACCAAUCUGGAAGUCUUUAUCAUGAUGUAAUAAAAUUCUUUUCCUUUUGCUUCUCAGUUAUGGUAUGCCAUGUUGAAUUUCAAUUUGCUUUGUCCAAUUGAUAUUAUUUUUAUCUUGUGAAAUUUCUAAAUCUUUAUGAAGUUGUGAUUUUGUGACAAUUCAACUGCCCUUGCUGUCAUGUGUUUGACAGUUUUAUCAACUUUAGUGUCUGAACAAGGUCAUUUUCUGUCGAUUGUUUCAAAUUAUUAGUGAUUUCCCCUCCUAUGAGGGAACUGAUGCAUCAUAGCAUGUGAUUCUUUUCCUAUUAUGUACUAGUUUCUGCUUUUACAAAGUGAUUUGUAAGUUCAUGCAGUGCUACAAUUUCCUUGACUGUUUACAGAGGUCUUUGAAUUUAUUGUGAUAUUUAUUUGUCCUGAGAACUCAAAAUUUGUGUUCAAUUAUAUGAUGUCUGCAACACAUUUAGUCCUCUAUUUCAGACUUCUUACUUUGACUUAGCAAAAUCCAUAAAUUAUUGUGAUUAAUACACUUUGUCUCACAGUUUUCAUAAUUUCCUGGUGACCUCGUUACUAACGUCCUGUUUUGAUUGUACUGAACUGUACCUCUAGUCUAAACUGUAAAUUUUUCGGAAAACUGACUUAUUUUUCUGCACUUAUGUGCAUAAGCUGGUGCAUCAACAUUUGUGAUCACUGUCCUGUGCUUCUAUCUUGCUGUAAACAAUUCCCUCGAAUGCAGCAAUUAAAACACUGUGACGACCUAGAAAUAUUUUUUAAGUGCUUCUGGCAAUUCGAAGUCUUUGUUUGAAUUUUGUGGCAGGCAAUUCAAAACUGUUUGGUCCAAGAUUUAAAUGUCACUGCCAACUUUUUGCUGUCAUGAAGCUGUUUACCAGAUCAUUUUGUGAUAACGCUCGUCACUUCCAAAAACCUCACAACCAGUUAGGAUUGAACUUUGUUACUAGCUGCCUUUCCUUUUUUUUACAUAUUAAGUUUUGAUACAAAAUAGACCUUGAUGUCUUGGCUUGUAAGCUGAAUUUAUCUACGUUCUGUUCUAUCUCCAUUCCUUUCUUUCAAAGUCAGUUGCCACUGGAUCAGAUACACCAGAAUUGUUCUGAUACUGUUGGAUUAACUGUUCAUUGUCUCUUUUCUGUUUUUCAAAACAGUAGGAAUGAUGUCAUUGUGUUUUUGUGUGUUGAACAUUUUAUUUUGGGACCACUUUGUUUUGUCUUGCACAGCAAACUGUUAGGUUGCCAGGUCACGCACUUUAUGUUUGUUGUUUUUAAAGAUAAAAUUUAUGCUGCUGUUAACAUAUAUUUAUAGAAAAUUGUAUUACUGUAAAGUCAUCUUAAAGUUAAGGAAAUUAUAUAUACUUAUACACAAAGUCAUCAUAUAUUAUAGCACAUAUAUAUUCAAUUUAUGUAUUAGAUGUGACGGUUCGUGUAGUCAAUUUUUUUUUCUCUUGUGUUUUCCUUCUUUUUUCUGUUGUGUGUUGCUGGGUUUGUCUGUUUCAGCAAAUGAAUGGAAUUCGGCCUAUGCUUGCAUGUUGUUUUUAUUUUCUGCUUAGCUUAUUUGUGGAUUCUGAACGUUUCAAGUAUGAAUUGCUCUCAAUGUUCUCACUAGCUUUUGGGGCUAUUACAUCAUUUUUCUCUAGUUCUGCACGUUGCACCCCUGGUAACACACAGUGCAAGAAGUGGACCAAAAGUAUGUCUAGUUUGAAGAAAUCUGAGAACUUUUCAUGUCAAGAAACUCACUUGUAAGUUUCCAUUCAGUCCAAAUCUAUCUUAGGAAAAGAAAAAAGCAUCAGCAGUUAUGGCUUGUGAUAAAGUUUACCAGCCUUGUGAAGUGCAAUAACUAAUAACACAGUGGCAGCUGCUGACCAGUGAAACCAAAUAACUUUAUCUUAUUUGUUUAAUGAGAAGGUCCUUUUUGUGUUUUGUUUGGUUUUGUUUAUUUAGAAAUGUGAAGUUUUCUAUCAGAAAUGUCCAGGACAAAUCUGUUUUAGUACAAAUUUAAUAAAAAUGUGUUUUUUUUUUUUUUUUUUUUUUUAAGAAGGUUCUUAAUCUGACUUGUAGUGCAAUAAUGACUGUGAAAAGUCUAUAUCAAGUACCCUGCUUGUAAUUUUUUGACAUAUUCACUGUUUAGUUUUACAAAGAAUAUUAUUUUAUCCUAGUUGAAGUAUGUUAAGUAUGUACAGUAUGAAGCCUUUCUGGUUUUAACAUUAAGGCAUUGUCUGUGUGAUGAAAAUGAAUAUUUUUAAACAAGUAAUGGAAUUGUAGAGGUUUAAGAAAGUAAUGAAUUGUGUUCAUCGGUAAAAAUAUAUAAACUCAGAGCUUAUAUUAUCAGCAAUAUUGUACAUAUGUAUUAAGUGCCUCACUCAACUUUAUUGGUGUGCACUUACAGUAUUGUUACCAAAUUGUGAUGCAAUACGACUCUAGAAAAAGUUUAUGUUUCUGCCACAAGACUGUGGUUAGCCUAUGCGCUAAUGCCUUUCUGUUGCAGAGCUUUCUCAUCGUUCCUGUUGAAAGAGUGCAGCUAUGUCCAUCAACUAUUUUCUCAUGCAUGUCUUUCUGCACUAUACAAAUUAACCAUGUAGGACAUUGUGUAAAUAACUGUGAUUCUGAUUCUGGCUUUUUGUGAUUGCUCCAUUUUCCUACACACUUUUGACUGAUGAAUUUAAUGAACUUACAUGGUUUCUUUUCUUUUUUUGGACGGUUUGCUUAACAAACGUGAAAGACCGCUUCCUGUGAAAGGCAAUUUUAUUUGGUUACCUAGUUCUCUUCAACUAAGCAAUAAAACAAAUAUAAAAAAUAUAUAUUGUAUGUAUCCGAGUUUAUAAAAGUAUGUAUCAGUGUUUAUCCUAAGUAUUUCCUAAAUAAAUCAUUUAAUUUUU